GGCGCCUCUCCGCCCACCGCCCACCGCCCCUCCCUGGCAUUGGUUGGCGCCAGGGGAAGCCGAGGCUCCAUCCUUUCUGCGCAGGUUCCCGCCGCACUGGCGCAGACCUAGCGCGUCCAGGUGGGAGGUUGGUGUGGCCCGGGCGUCCGCUCCUCAGCGGAUGUGGCAGCCCCGAGCCAUGGCUCUCGCCGUCCGAGUCGUUUAUUGUGGCGCUUGAGGCUACAAGUCCAAGUAUCUUCAGCUCAAGAAGAAGUUAGAAGAUGAGUUCCCCGGCCGCCUGGACAUCUGCGGCGAGGGAACUCCCCAGGCCACCGGGUUCUUUGAAGUGAUGGUAGCCGGGAAGUUGAUUCACUCUAAGAAGAAAGGCGAUGGCUACGUGGACACAGAAAGCAAGUUUCUGAAGUUGGUGGCCGCCAUCAAAGCCGCCUUGGCUCAGGGCUAAUGCGCCCUGAAGGCAGAGUCCAGGGACCUUGACCCAGCCCCUCUCAGCAGACGCUUCAUGAUAGGAAGGACUGAAAAGUCUUGUGGACACCUGGUCUUUCCCUGAUGUUCUUGUGGCUGCUGUUGGGGGCAGAGAUUGACGCCCCCGGUCUUUGCCUCUGAGCGGGAGAGUCUGUGUAUAUGUGUCUUCCCCGGAAUCCACACCACCCCACCCUCCUCCUGUCCCGUGGUUUCAUCAUAUCUCUUUGCAUACCCCAUGUCUUCCCCAGUUGUCCCCUGGAGUUUGGGGGGACAUCCUGCCUCAGGCAUCCUUCUCAAGGGGAAGCCAAGAGAGGCAUCAGGAUGGGUGGGUUUCUGAUUGUGGCAACGUUUGCAACCGUUCACGAUUCAAUAAAUAUUGGACGAAUUUAACCGAA